UUGAACUUCAGAGUUUCAGCCACUCCGCCUUUUGUGACUCCUCUUCCUUCCACAACAUUCGGGAAGGCUUCUUGAGACUUUUGGCAGAAAGUCAAAGGGUGAGAGAGAGACAGAGAGAGAGGGGGAGAGAGAGGGAGAGAGAAAGAGAAGGAAAGAGAGGGAGGGAGAGAGAGACAGUCGCCACCAGGCACUCCGUUCCCGCUGCCAAAUCCCAGCCCCUGGGCAGCCAAACUAGAGGUAGGGAAACCACUCGGGCUGCUGGGUCGAGAUUGAAGGGCAGAGCCACAGUCAGGUGGGAGCUGACCAGCGGGAGGUACCGAGUCAAGCUUGCGGGGCUCAGAGGCCCUGCGUGCUACCCAAAGCGUUACAAGCUGACCAGUGCAGGAGACCUACUCUCCAGCUUUGUGCAGAGACAGCGACGCCGGCAUGCCAGAGACAGAAAAUUGGCGAACAGGGUUGAGGUACGACAGGCAAAGGCUCUCCUCUGACCAGCCCGAGCCGCGGUCGCCUCUGGACUCCAGAGGAACUGAAGGCACUCGUCCACCCAAGGACGACUCCUACUCGGAAGUCACCUUGGUGGCCAAGGGUACCCAUUCAGCCAGGUACCCGGGACACCGGCAGCCUGUCCAGAAGGAUUACACCCUGGAAGGGAUCGACCCCGGCAGCUCCCAGGACCUGCCUGGAUCUGAAGCCAAUCGCUCCGCGGGACCGGGAGGUAGUCAACACUCUCUGCACAUUCAGGGCAGCGCAAGCUCCGGAAAACUGAAAGUGCUCCUCUGCAACCACGCCCUGUGGCUCCAGUUUGCCCUGCAGCAGAACGAAAUGGUCCUCGACAAGCAAGGCCGAAUCAUGUUCCCCUUCCUGACUUACAAAAUCCAGGGCAUGGACCCCAGUGCCUAUUACCACGUCUUUGUCGAAGUGGCACCCGUUGACAAACAUCACUGGCGGUAUCAGCGGGGGCAAUGGCUCCCAUUCGAGGAAGACAAAAAAGAAGAGGAUAACCUGCCAGGCAACCGCUUCUAUCGACACCCCGACUCACCCAACACCGGGGCCCACUGGAUGGGCAGAGACGUAUCCUUUAAAAAACUCAAGCUCACCAACAAGGAGACAGCUUGCAAGAAUGGUAGCCAAGCCCCAAUCUUAUUGAAGUCUCUCCACAAAUACCAGCCCAGGCUCCACAUUGAGGAAGUCAGCACUGGAAAGCAGUGCAUGCCAGCUUCCUCCUCCUCCACCCACACCUUCUCCUUCCCAGACACAGAGUUCAUCACUGUGACCUGCUAUUACAAUCCUGAGAUCAAACGCCUGAAAAUUGACCUCAAUCCCUUUGCCAGGACUUUUCGAGGAAACUCCCGAACUGAACGAAGCUCCACUAAGACACCUCCAGCUGGGGAAUGCACUGGCCGUAGCCCACCUCCACCAGCUUUGUUGGUUUCCAACUCUCCUGCCCAGGUGCAAGAGUGUCCUGGCCAAGGUAAGAAGUGCAAUUUGAUGCAUGGCUCCCAGCCACCCUCGGGGCAUCCCUAUGACUCCAGGGACAGCAACAGCACCACCAGCCUGGCCUUGCCCUUAGUCAAGGAAGGUGUGGAUCCUGACCUUCUGCCCUGCAUAUCUCCACACACAGUGUCUUACCACCCAAAUCCAGAUACCUCCAUCAUACAACGGAACUGUCCACCUGCAAUCUCAUCUUGCACCUCCAAUGGGAACAGUAUGGACUAUCUAGAGUCUGGAAGCCUUAAAGCCCUGCAAGCAGACACCACAACUCAACAAGAGGAAGGACUUCAGGAGCAACUCUGCCUCUCCAGCUCCAGAUCCCCUUUGGAUUUCUCUGGCCUGAAGCAAAGACCUUGUAAGAAGAGAUGCUUGUCUCCUGUGGACUCAGCCACGGAUGUCUCAACUUCAGUGUGGAAAUCAGAGGGACAACAGGUAGGGAGUCUUCUAGUGGCAGAAUCCUAUGGCAACAGCUCCUCUGAAGUUGCUUCUGGAGGCUCUAGUUAUACUGUUGGGCUGCAAGAGGCGACUCCUCAAACCAAGGAGAAGGUGUUCCCCACUCCAUGGCCUCCCAUCCAGGUGUCCAAGCCACCCUGGGAUCAUCCCUCUGACUCCACUGACAGUGGCAAGAGAAUCAGGUCCUAUGACCUGCAUACCACGAACCCUGGUCCUCUACCCUGCCUUGGUUUGCCUGAGAGCAAGAAGCAGCUAGGAGGAUUAAGUCAUAGGCAAGCGCGCUCUUUGCAGCAACCCGAGCCCGGGUCCCCACUGGAAGUCAGAGGAGCCGACCGCGCCUCCCCAUGCAGUGAAGAGGACUGGGAUCCGGAAGUCGCCACGGUGCCAGAGAGGGUCCGGACACCUGCCAGCCCCACAAGCUUUCAGCCUGCCCGGAACAACAGAGUCCGAGAGGGGAUCGACCCCGGCAGCUCCCAGGUCCUGCCUGGAUCUGAAGCCAAUCCCUCCGCGGGACCGGGAGGUAGUCAACACUCUCUGCACAUUCAGGGCAGCGCAAGCUCCGGAAAACUGAAAGUGCUCCUCUGCAACCACGCCCUGUGGCUCCAGUUUGCCCUGCAGCAGAACGAAAUGGUCCUCGACAAGCAAGGCCGAAUCAUGUUCCCCUUCCUGACUUACAAAAUCCAGGGCAUGGACCCCAGUGCCUAUUACCACGUCUUUGUCGAAGUGGCACCCGUUGACAAACAUCACUGGCGGUAUCAGCGGGGGCAAUGGCUCCCAUUCGAGGAAGACAAAAAAGAAGAGGAUAACCUGCCAGGCAACCGCUUCUAUCGACACCCCGACUCACCCAACACCGGGGCCCACUGGAUGGGCAGAGACGUAUCCUUUAAAAAACUCAAGCUCACCAACAAGGAGACAGCUUGCAAGAAUGGUAGCCAAGCCCCAAUCUUAUUGAAGUCUCUCCACAAAUACCAGCCCAGGCUCCACAUUGAGGAAGUCAGCACUGGAAAGCAGUGCAUGCCAGCUUCUUCCUCCUCCACCCACACCUUCUCCUUCCCAGACACAGAGUUCAUCACUGUGACCUGCUAUUACAAUCCUGAGAUCAAACGCCUGAAAAUUGACCUCAAUCCCUUUGCCAGGACUUUUCGAGGAAACUCCCGAACUGAACGAAGCUCCACUAAGACACCUCCAGCUGGGGAAUGCACUGGCCGUAGCCCACCUCCACCAGCUUUGUUGGUUUCCAACUCUCCUGCCCAGGUGCAAGAGUGUCCUGGCCAAGGUAAGAAGUGCAAUUUGAUGCAUGGCUCCCAGCCACCCUCGGGGCAUCCCUAUGACUCCAGGGACAGCAACAGCACCACCAGCCUGGCCUUGCCCUUAGUCAAGGAAGGUGUGGAUCCUGACCUUCUGCCCUGCAUAUCUCCACACACAGUGUCUUACCACCCAAAUCCAGAUACCUCCAUCAUACAACGGAACUGUCCACCUGCAAUCUCAUCUUGCACCUCCAAUGGGAACAGUAUGGACUAUCUAGAGUCUGGAAGCCUUAAAGCCCUGCAAGCAGACACCACAACUCAACAAGAGGAAGGACUUCAGGAGCAACUCUGCCUCUCCAGCUCCAGAUCCCCUUUGGAUUUCUCUGGCCUGAAGCAAAGACCUUGUAAGAAGAGAUGCUUGUCUCCUGUGGACUCAGCCACGGAUGUCUCAACUUCAGUGUGGAAAUCAGAGGGACAACAGGUAGGGAGUCUUCUAGUGGCAGAAUCCUAUGGCAACAGCUCCUCUGAAGUUGCUUCUGGAGGCUCUAGUUAUACUGUUGGGCUGCAAGAGGCGACUCCUCAAACCAAGGAGAAGGUGUUCCCCACUCCAUGGCCUCCCAUCCAGGUGUCCAAGCCACCCUGGGAUCAUCCCUCUGACUCCACUGACAGUGGCAAGAGAAUCGGGUCCUAUGACCUGCAUACCACGAACCCUGGUCCUCUACCCUGCCUUGGUUUGCCUGAGAGCAAGAAGCAGCUAGGAGGAUUAAGUCAUAGGCAAGCGCGCUCUUUGCAGCAACCCGAGCCCGGGUCCCCACUGGAAGUCAGAGGAGCCGACCGCGCCUCCCCAUGCAGUGAAGAGGACUGGGAUCCGGAAGUCGCCACGGUGCCAGAGAGGGUCCGGACACCUGCCAGCCCCACAAGCUUUCAGCCUGCCCGGAACAACAGAGUCCGAGAGGGGAUCGACCCCGGCAGCUCCCAGGUCCUGCCUGGAUCUGAAGCCAAUCCCUCCGCGGGACCGGGAGGUAGUCAACACUCUCUGCACAUUCAGGGCAGCGCAAGCUCCGGAAAACUGCAUGACUCCCAGCCACCCUCGUGGUAUCCCUAUGACUCAGGGGACAGCAGCAGCACCACCAGCCUGGCCUUGCCCUUAGGCAUGGAAGCUGUGGGCCUUCUGCCCUGCAUAUCUCUAGAUGCACCAGUGAUCCCUCAACUUCAAGAGUGGAAAACCAGGGAACAAGAAGGUGAAUGCCGUCUGGGGGAGAAUUCUGUGGCAACAGCUCCCCAGAACCUGUUUCUGAAGGCUCCUGCUAUCUUGUAUGCCUACAGAGAAAAUGAAUUCCCCCUUCCUCCGCAUUCCAUCCAGGAGACUCAGUCACCUUCAGAGCUUCCCUCUGACUCCAGUGACUUAGACCUGGAUGCAAUCCUCCUCGAGCUACUCCCAGAUGCUUAUCCAUCUGCCAUGCCUUAUGAACCUUCACAGGAUGAUCAGUAG